AUGGUCUCCGGAACUCAAGGAAAAGCUCCGGUGGAGGUCGUGGAAAUUGACAGCAGCGACGAUGAGGAGCCAGUUGUUCCACCGGCAAAGGGCAAUAACAAAGUUGGAACCGAAACGGCCAUGCAGAUGAAAGGACCCAAAGUUGAAGUUCAGAUGGAGGUGGCCCAAUCUAGUUCCGAUCGUCAGCAAUUGGAGUUUCGAAGCUUCUGGAAAGCUGGAGCAACCGCGAUUGGCCCCUCCACUUCCACUUCUUUUCAAGGUGAUUUGGAACAUGCCCGUGUACAUCCCAAGUUCUUACAUUCCAAUGCCACGUCUCAUAAGUGGGCCUUUGGAGCAAUUGCGGAGCUCCUUGACAAUGCAGUGGAUGAGAUAUGCAACGGUGCGACUUUUGUAAAGGUUGACAGAAUGUACAAUAAGAAGGAUAACUCUCCUGCCUUAUUUAUUCAAGAUGAUGGAGGUGGAAUGAGCCCGGAUAGCAUCAGGAAGUGCAUGAGCUUGGGUUACUCUUCAAAAACAUCAAACACAACAAUAGGACAAUAUGGUAAUGGGUUUAAGACAAGCACAAUGCGUUUAGGAGCUGAUGUUAUAGUUUUCAGUCGUUCAUCUCAAUCAGGCCAUGCAACACAAAGUGUUGGUCUUCUUUCCUAUACAUUCCUCCGUAGGACUGGGCAGGAUGAUGUGGUUGUUCCAAUGAUUGAUUUUGAUAUCUCAGGCAAUUGGGCUGAACCUAUCAUUUAUACCUCUCUUGAUGAUUGGUCUGAAAACUUAAAAACUAUACUUGAGUGGUCUCCAUUUUCAUCCAAGAAUGAUCUGAUGCUACAGUGUGAGGAUAUUGGAUCACACGGAACAAAGAUUAUUAUAUACAACCUCUGGCUGAAUGACGAAGGCAUUUACGAGUUAAAUUUCGAUGAUGAUGAUGAGGAUAUAAGAUUGAGAGAUGAAGCAAAUGCUGGAAAUUUGCAAAAGCCAAACAAGAGAAGGCUUCAAUUGCAGUCCCAUAUUUCCUAUCGUCUCCGAUUCUCAUUAAGGGCAUAUUCAUCCAUUUUAUACAUGAGGAAGCUCACGAAUUUCAAAAUAUUACUACGAGGAAAGCCUGUUGAACAGUUGAAUUUUGCGGAUGAAUUAAAGUAUACGAAGACAUUUACAUACCGACCACAACUUGUUGCAGCAUCAACAGAGGUAUCUGUAGCGACAACCGUUGGUUUCAUUAAAGAGGCACCUGAACUUGGAGUUUGUGGAUUCAAUGUGUACCACAAAAAUCGCCUCAUAAGGCCUUUCUGGAAAGUCACUGCAGAUGGUAAUUCCAAAGGAUAUGGCGUUGUAGGAAUCCUGGAAGCAAACUUCAUAGAACCAGCCCAUGACAAGCAAGAUUUUGAGCGUUCAUCUCUUUUCUUCAAGCUGGAGACAAGGCUAAAACAAAUGAUAAAUGAGUACUGGAGAGAUCACUGUCACUUGGUAGGGCGUCAGCCAGCAGGUAUCAGGUCUUCAAAUGUGCCAAGCAAAUCCACUGUGCCAUCUCAAGUUAGGCAACAGCAAUUGUCAACUGGUAAAAAUGUGAAUCAUACGCCAGUAAUUGACCUUUCUGAAGCAGAUGAAGUGGAAGAUGGUAUAGAGGGCUCAACUACAGAUAUCGGACAACUUCGUGAGGAGAACAUCCAGUUAGUUACUAGAUGCGAACAAUACUUGCAAAAGGAAAAUGAACUGCUGCGCACGGUUGAGGCACUGGAGAAGCAGCUGGCGGAAACGAAAACCAAGUCUGCUAAACUUUCCUUACACAUUGAAGCUCAGAAGCUGAAACUUAAUAAGCAACCAAUGCAACAACACAAGGCCUUCUAA